AGAGAGAGAGAGAGAGAGAGAGAGAGAGAGAGAGAGAGAUCUUGUGACUUAGCUUGCUCUAUUUAAACCAAUUGUAAAAGACCCGAAUUCUUCAGUCUUCAAUCAUUAUUCAUUACAAACUCUGUUUAUGCUCUUUCCCUUACUCAUCUGAGCUGACUUGGUGAGCAAGCCUGCAAGCAUCUCGUCGAUUCUGCAGGCGUCUUCAUCUAGAUUCACGACUCCUUCGGCUGUCCUUCGUAAAGAUGGAGCGCACCUAUGACUUGUUCGGGGCACCAGACACUGAACUCGUUGAGUUUUAUCCCACGUCUAUCAGGAAUUCUUCUGAGUUGAGAAACAGAGGUAAGAGCGUUGGCGAAAUUAAAAUUACAGGAGUACCGUUCACAAGAAUUGUCUUCCACCCAAACCAGGGCACGGACAUAUUACUGGACCAGUUUGUAGACGUAGAGAGAAGGCCAGCAUAUGUGCGAUCCCUUACGUUACCGAGAUCUGCUAUGGCAUCCAGCCAGGCUCUCAGUCAAUUCGUUCUAGCAAAUCCGCCGCCGUCGAGUGAGAGACGCUUGAACUGGGGUUGGAACACCAUCGCAGCUGGUAUCGCUGACUGUGUUGACAACAGUCAGCAUGUUGUUAUGAGCCCAGAUGAUAUUAUGGAACUCCAUGGUCAGGAAGCCUUCGGCAAGGUUUACUUCUUGAAAGAAUCCGAUGGGUGGGAAUCGCCCCUAGGUAUUAAUGAGGACAUCGAUGAUGUUUGUUAUUUAUGUCCCGAUCAUUACUAUUUCUACACCCACGCUGCUUGUGAUCCUACAAGUCCUUUCAUUCGACUGGCAUGUGCACACGGACAUGGAUACCACAAAAGAUGCAUCCUUCCUUAUCUCUGGAGAAUGAAACCUGCUAAGAUUCCAUGUCCUUCAUGCAUGAUGCAGUUAUGAGAGACGAUGUUGGUUUGUGUUUUGUGAUAUCAUCUUUCUCUGUUGUUUAUUCUGUUUUCGUAAGUGUGUUGUGUUUAUUUAUUAUUGCGAUCCUACUGUUUGUUUGUGACGUGUGUGCUCUGAUUGUGUGUUUUUAAUAUAUUAUUAUCCCACUGUUUGUGACAAAUCUAAAUUA